AUGGCUACCUUUCUUCGAAGCCUGAACAAAAGAAGCGCAUACUUAAUUGGCACCGUAACUGCCGUUUCACACACUGCUUCUGCCAAUGGUAAUUUUAAUGGCUACAAAUUAGGUGAAAAUUUCAGAUUUAAGAAAUUUGGGAGCGUACUGAUGAGCACUGCAAUUGUUCAUUUGGCAAGAAAAGAAGAAGGGAAGGACUACAAUGACUUCCAAAAGGUCUACAAUGCAAUUGCUCAAAAGAUAAGAGAUAAAAAAGAUUAUGAUGACGGUACAGGCUACGGUCCAAAGCUUGUCCGUCUUUCGUGGCAUUCCUCAGCCACUUACGAUAAAAAAGACAAUUCUGGUGGUUCUUAUGGUGGUACUUUUAGAUAUCCAAAAGAGGCAACUGAUCCGUUAAGUAAAGGUCUAUCGGAUGCCACAGACUUCUUGGCACCAAUUUAUGACCAGUUUCCUUGGAUAUCUCAUGGAGAUUUAUACACUCUUGGGGGAGUAACAGCCAUUCAAGAGCUGCAUGGCCCAAAGAUUCCAUGGAGGCCAGGGAGAGUCGAUACUGGUGAAGAAUCAGUUCCUGACCAUGGUAGGUUACCAGAACCCUUCUGGAAUGCUGACUAUGUGAGAAAGUAUUAUGAUAAGUUCAACUUUACUGACCAAGAGGUUGUUGCAUUAAUUGGUGCGCAUAUAUUAGGGAAAACACAUUUAAAAAAUUCAGGAUAUGAUGGCCCUUGGGAUGAUGACACUAAUAUCUUUAGUAAUGAAUUCUUUUCAAACCUUUUGAAAGAAGAUUGGAAAUAUGAAAAAAAUGCAGCAGGAAAUAUGCAAUAUGAUGCGAAGAAAGGAAUUAUGAUGCUGCCAUCUGAUUAUGCGUUGAGACAGGAUCCAAAAUAUUUGGUCUAUGUCAAGAAAUAUGCCAAUGACCAGGAUUUAUUUUUUGAGGAUUUCAAAAAUGUUUAUGUGAAAUUGAUAGAAAGAGGUAUUACGUUUGACGAAUCAUGUCCAAGGUAUGUUUUUAAGACAAUUGACGAGCAACAGGAUAAAAAGGGCAAUUAA